AUGUCUCUAAUAUCCGCCUCUCGUCGGGCUGUCAAGGCGGUUUCUCAAAAGGGAAUCCGUUCCUUGUCUUCGGGAGCCGAGGUUCUUGCCGGAAGCGGUACGUACCAAGGACUCACAGAUGAGGACAGAAUAUUCACCAACUUGUACGGUGAACAAGAUUGGCGUUUGAAGGAUGCUCUCAAGCGUGGAGACUACCAUAUGACCAAGGAAAUCAUGUGCAUGGGUCCCGAUUGGAUCGUGCAAGAAAUCAAGGAUUCGGGUCUUCGAGGAAGAGGAGGCGCUGGCUUUCCAUCUGGCCUCAAGUGGUCCUUUAUGCCCAAGGAAACGGAUGGUCGUCCUUCCUUUUUGGUGGUCAAUGCCGACGAGUCCGAACCCGGUACUUGCAAGGAUCGUGAAAUUAUGCGCAAGGAUCCCCACAAGUUGGUGGAAGGAUGUUUGUUGGCUGGAUAUGCCAUGAGAGCUAGAGCUGCUUACAUUUACAUUCGUGGAGAGUACUUUAAUGAGGCUGUCGUCUUGGACGAAGCCAUUCACGAAGCAUAUGAUGCUGGUUUGAUUGGAAAGAACGCCUGUGGAUCGGGUUAUGACUUUGAUAUCUUUUUGCAUCGUGGAGCAGGAGCUUACAUUUGCGGUGAAGAGACUGCUUUGAUCGAGUCUCUUGAGGGCCGUCAAGGAAAGCCUCGCCUAAAGCCUCCAUUCCCUGCUGGUGUUGGUGUCUUUGGAUGCCCCUCCACCGUCACCAAUGUGGAGACCGUUGCUGUCUCUCCCACCAUUUUGAGACGUGGUGCUAGCUGGUUCUCUUCCUUUGGUAACGAGAACAAUCGUGGAACCAAGCUUUUUGGAAUUUCUGGACACGUCAAGAACCCUUGCGUGGUGGAAGAAUCCAUGUCCAUUCCUCUUCAAGAGUUGAUCGAAAAGCACUGCGGAGGUAUGCGCAACGGAUGGGACUCCCUCCAAGCUUGUAUUCCAGGUGGAUCUUCCGUCCCAGUCUUGAACAAGGCACACUGUGACGAAGCUAUCAUGGAAUUCGAUGACUUGCGAUCCAGAGGAUCUGGUUUGGGAACGGCUGCCGUUACCAUGUUUGACAAUACCGUGGACAUGGUGGGGGCCAUUCGCCGUCUCUCUCAUUUCUACAAGCACGAGUCUUGUGGACAAUGUACACCAUGCCGUGAGGGUACUUCUUGGUUGGAGGAUGUCUUGAUUCGCAUGGAAAAGGGUGAUGCUGACAAGCGUGAAAUUCCCAUGUUGGAAGAGAUUUCUCGACAGAUUGAAGGACAAACCAUUUGCGCCUUGGGUGAUGCUGCUGCCUGGCCAGUCCAAGGAUUGUUGAGACACUUCAAGAAGGAUAUUGAAGACAGAAUUGACGAUCCAUCAUCCUUUGAUGCCGAGGCUGCCUUUCAAAAGUCAUGGAGCGGAGAUCCAUUUGACAAUGCCGAAUGGACCAAGGAACACGGAGGUGGCUUGACUUAUGCUUCUUAA